AUGGGCCAAUCGCAGUCAGAUGAAACCCGGCGCUCUCUUUCGCCUGACGACCUCCGCCACCGUCUAACCCAUCGUCUCCAAAAACGCACCUUCACCGAUCUAGAACUCUACUCCUUCCGCGACGUCUUCGCCUCCCUGGCAAACACCUCAAACGACGGCACCAUUUACUGGUCCCAAGACACACUUACCCGAUUCCUCGAGCUUCCCGACGCUUUAGACGUCGCUAAUUUAUUAUACCACGCCACCAGCAUCGCAGCUGGGUUCCCGUUUUUAAGCGACGGUCCCGGUGUUUUGGACUGGGAGGCCGUGGUUAGAGUUGUCUGUGUUUUCACGGGACGGUAUAAAACCGUGCUUAGGAAAGGUGGUGGGGAUGCCGUGAGGGUUUGGUUUAGGAUUUUGGCGGUACAUGAUCGUGGUGGUAAUGGUGGUUGUGGGAAUGAUGUACACGUGAAUGGGAAGGGGAUUGAGGAUGCUAUAGCUGAUGCUAUGACUAAUGGGAGGGGUCAUGGGAAGCAUGACGACGAUAAAAGCGACUACAAUGACGGCGACGAUAAUGAUGAUGAUCAUAGUGAUGAUAUCUUCCGAAUCGCAGAUCCAGAGGAUAUGGAAGACGAAAACGACGAUGAUGAAUUAGCGCUAGCGGCUUUGGAGGCAUUAGAUGCCAUUGAAGUCUUCAAACUUGCUGAAAAGCCUGCGGCAGUGGUACAGAAAUAUGUACGUCGGCUAGAUCCUAAGGAUCUGACAAAGUUGGUGAUGUUAUUGCUUGUUAUCGCACCAUUGGAUCCUCAGGAGUCGUUGGCGACUUAUGUGGAGAGGUAUUCCGGAGACUCAUUGGUAGAUUUGAGAAGGACGGCGGAGAGUAUCGUUCGCAGUAUGAGUAUUGACGGUAAACCCAUCCUUUGGACGGGGUUUAGUAAGAGUAUUAAACGGUCUUUGCCCCACCUCUUCGACGGCUUCAAACCCCUCUACGAACACUUCCUCUUCUCCAAACGUCUAAACAUGAACAAAAACCCAUCCCUCCAUCUACCACUCACCCCUCCCCUCCUCCACCACUACGGCGCAAUCCUCACCCCCACAAUCCUAAACCAACUCUCCUUCUUCCUCAAAGGCGAAAACCUCUACCGCCGACUACGAAAACUCUACAUCGGCUCCGACGACGGUUUCUCAAUGGGCAUGUUCGAACAAAAAGUAUUCAAAUGGCGUGCCCCCACCAUCCUCCUCGUCAGCGGUUCAAGAAUGGGUACCCCCUCCACCUCCCGCGAGAAAUCCUUCUCAGAUUCUCUAUCCCCCAAACGAUUCCCCGACAGUAUCACCGACGAUAACGACGAUAACGAAACAUUAACAUUCGGCGUCUACAUCGACGUAAUGUGGAAAAUAACCCACAAAGAAUGUUUCGGCAACUCCGACACCCAAAUCUUCCAACUCCACCCUAUCCACGAAGUCUUCGAAACCUCAAAGGCUCACUCGGAUUACAUCUACUGGAAUAAAUCCGCCGGUAUAGGUUUUGGCGCUCCGUUACCCAGAAUCAAGGCCGGUGAUCCGGUGUUACAUAUGAACCUCGGUGCCGUAUCUUUGAUUCUGGACGAAUCUUUGGAAUUUGGGGUGUUUACGCAUAGUUCUUCCGGUGGCGGGGCGUAUCAUACCAGUGAUUUGGGUGUAGGGGGCAGAAGUGAGGAUUGGCAGGAAAGGUUUAACAUAGAGGAGAUCGAGGUUUGGGGGGUCGGUGGGGAGGAGGAGGCGAAGGAACAGGCGAGGCAGUGGGCUUGGGAUGAGGCUGAGGCGAUGAGGAGACGGAAUGUACAGCUUGGGGAUGAUGUUGAGGCGAAUCGGGCGUUAUUGGAAAUGGCGGGUAUCAUUGGGGGUAAUAGAAGCGGUGGGAGCAUGUAG